AUGGCGCAGGGGCAGCGUAAGUUUCAGGCGCAGAAACCAGCAAAGAGCAAGACUGCGGCAGCGGCCUCGGAGCGGACGGGGCCGAGGAAAGGCGGUCGUGUUAUCGCCCCCAAGAAGGCGCGAAUCGUGCAGCAGCGAAAACUCAAAAAGGAGUUGGAGGUGGGGAUCCGGAAGAAGAUCGAGCACGACGUGGUGAUGAAGGCCAGCUCCAGCCUGCCCAAAAGGCUGGCACUGCUCAAGACCCAGGGCAAGAAGAAGGGGGCUGCCUCCGACAAGAUGCCGUCCUAAAGGUGCUGGCUGGCCCGGCGCACACUGGGACUCGCAGGCGACCUCAUGGCUGCCCCGUGGGAGGAGGAGCUGGACCUUCAGUGUGUGGCCACUGAGCAGCUGAUGGGCAGAGCUGCAGCUGUGGCCUGUGCUCCACAGGGUGCGGAGAAGUGGUUCUUCCUGUUUCUGUCCUUCCUGUCCCCAGGCCCU